GACUAGCAAGAUACCAGAAGAUUUUGAUUGGAGUUUCUGUGGGAUUCCUCCUGCUGCUCUUCCUUCUUGCCCUACUCCUUCUGCUCAGACUCAGGCACCAGAAAAAAUGCAGCAAGGGUGUCCAGACAGCGACCAACUUGCAACAUUCUGCAGGAGCUGGCGAGCCAGUGACCAGGGGCAGAGGCAUCCAGAAGAGCCCAGCUGCUGCUAUCCAGGAAGAAACCUUGUAUACCAUGGUGAAGGGAACACAGAUUAAAGAGAGCAUGGAGCUGGACAUUAUGAACCAACAUGAGGAAAAUCACCCCAAAGAUUUGUAUGCCCAAGUGAAACCCUCCAGACUCAGACUCAGGGCAGAGCCCACCGCUCCUUCCCUCAUGCCAAAGGAACCGCUGGACUCAAACAACAGGCAGGCAAAAGAAGGCAAAGUAAGAGACCAUCAGGCUGCUGCAUCCAAGGAGCCCUGUGAUGUGACCUAUGCCCAGCUGCACAUCAUGACUCCAAGACAGAGGCAGCUAAACCUCACAUCUCUCAGGUCAAAAAGUCCCACUUGAGACACUACUCUGGUGUUUACCUGUCCAGAUCCAGGGAGCUCCAGACUCUAUAUUCUGUGGGGGAGGUAGGACUCUGGGAGAUGAGAAAAUAGAAUCUGUCACAGGUGUACAGCCAUUUUGCAGAUAUAUCACGCAGAGUCUGGUAACUUUGGGAACUCAACUGAUUAUGUAAUAUCAAAGAUAAGUAAUAUCCCUGCAUUUUAUAAAUAAAGCAAAUACUUUGUCAGUACUCAAUGGAUAAAAUGGAAGAAAGUAAGAGUGAAGGAAGUCUCUGAUUUUGUUUUUGUGCUUUUCUUUGUUUUUUGCUUUUCUUUCAAAUUCAAGACUUUUUUCAUUAAUUGUUAUUGCAUGUACAUGUGAAUAUGUAUAUACAAAUUUUGAAAAAAAU